ACGUCUUUGUAAUGAAUGAGGGAACUCAUUGAGGCAUGAAGCAACACUGGGAUCUCCACAUUGUCUUGAUGCGCGCACAUUCAUAAAUGAAUAUAUCUGCUGUCGCUCUGCCUCGCGUUCGCGCGCACCAGCGCUGGAGCUGACCGUGGUGCUGAUCGCCGCGCGCUCGCUCAAGACCAGCACUGAUAUGCACGAGCGGUAGGAUCUGAACACCUCCGACACUGAGAUUGAACUUGACGCUCCCUCACAACCUGCGGUGUCGGAGGAGUCGAGCAUGAACCUGGAGUGAGAAGGAAGCAUUUUGGAAGUCGAUGGAAAGUCAAUAUUAAACCUGCGGCUGACAUGGACGUUCCGGCACGUGUUUUGACGUGUUUGAACAAGAUGUCCAUCGUGAGAUUUUUGCCGUACUUUAUUUAAGAUGAGUUUAUUUGGAUGAACUCAUAAUCAUUCAUAAUGUUGCUAUAAACAAAGCUGUUUAGAAGCAAAAGAAGAUAAUUACAUCCAUUUGGAUUCUUUGACAUUUGUGGAGAUAUGGCUCGCAUUCUUGUCCUUCUUAACUCAGUCGGACUGUUGCUCUUCGGUAGUGAAAUGUUUCUGGUGGGGGCAAACCGUCCACCCGCUCCGGUUAAUGUGUCGGUCAUGCACCUGAGAGCUGAUUCAGCAACCGUGUCCUGGGAGGUGCCCGAGGGUGACAUCAUCAUUGGCUUUUCCAUCUCCCAACAGCGAAUGGACGGCAAAAUGCAGAGGUUUAUCAGAGAGGUGAACACCACCAGCAGAUCCUGUGUGCUGUGGGAUCUGGAGGAGGAGACGGACUACAUCAUCCAGGUUCAGUCCAUCGGCCUGUACGGAGAGAGUCAGGCCAGCAAACGUGUCCACUUCAGAACCCUGAAGAAAACUGACCGCUUCCCCUCGAACAGUUCAAACCAAGAUGACCCGACUGUCCAAGGCCUGGAUAAAGCUCGACACCUGCAGACAGGGGAGAUGAUCAUCAUCGUGGUGGUGCUUCUAAUGUGGGCAGCCGUAAUUGCCUUGUUUUGCCGGCAGUAUGACAUAAUAAAGGACAACGAUUCCAGCAACAGCAAAGAGAAGGUAAAACCGUCCUCAGAGAGAAGCACACCGGAGCACCACAGCGGAGGUCUGCUGCGGAGCAAGUUCCACCAGUCUGUGCCAUCCAUCAACAUCAUCGAGGUGUGAUGGGAGUUUCGUAGACGUCCGUCGCACCACCCGCAGUUUAUCGGCCCUUCCAUCAUAACGCAGUGAAGAAUCCUCUCAUCUACAGCUACACCGCAGCAUCGGCCCUCCCAUACACUCUUCAUAUACUAAAGCAAUCUACUGGGACUGUAAAUAACAUAUAUUGAGAUAGUGUAUGAUGGAUGGAUGGAGAAUUCCCAAAACUUUCCUGCAAUAUAUCAGAUUAAAUCUGGGAUUUUUUCUCUUGUAUAGACACGGAAGGAAAGUGUAUUUUUGAUAUAGUACUGGUGAAGUAUGACAGGGUUUCUACUCUUUAUUAGCUAGUUUAGUUUGUGCAUGCGUCUCUCGCGGUCUGAUAGGACGUGUACAGAAGCAGGUCAUUAGAUUAAGCUUGUGCUCUUACUUUCAUUAGUCUGUAAAACUGCUGGAAUUGUGACUGAGCUGCUUACAGACUGGCGCCAAAUCUCUCUGCUUGUACAUAGUUUCAUCUCUUCACCCUCCUAGCCGUUUUUUUUCUGUAUCCUAAAUAUGGCUAGCCCUCUGGUGUUGUUCGGUCAUUUUAGACCGAAAAUGUUUGGAGAUUUUAAAAAUCAUGCUUCAUCGGAAUGAAACGAAACUCUGUGACUUUUAUGGCAGUAGCUACAUGUAACAACAAAGCAAGUUUUUAGCAAAUGCAUGAAAUAAAAUCAAUAAUUAAGCUACAAUGCUGUAAAAAAAUGGACUGCAAACUCUUUUGUGAGAGUACAAAAUGGACACACACUAUCAUUCACACACAAAUGAGCUGGUAUGGCUGUAACAAUAUGGCAAAAUUGAGCCAGAUGACUCAAAUAAGAGGUUGAAUUCAGGUUGAUACAGCUCUGAAAAAGCAAUCCUGUUUAUUUUUGUUCCAUUUUUGUUGAAUUUUGAUGUUAUGUGUAACAAAAUGUCUCUGUGUUCAGGUUUGACUGUAGUAAAAUGAAUGUAAAAACUGACACUUCAAAUCAACAUUUCAAAAAAAAAAAAACUUGACAAAACGUUGUCUUUGAGAAUGUCUAAAUACAUAUCCAAAUCCACAACUUAAUAAAGUAAGUAAAGUAAGUAUUCAUGUCUAAAAACAACUAGAAUUUUUAAGCCUUUUUAUAUAGAGCUAUACAGGCAUCUGGUUACACCACGUUACAGAUGUUUUUCUUUCUUUUACUCCCACUAGAUGGUGCUAAUCUACCUUCAAAAUCUGAAUUUUAAAGGCGUUGGGCCCUAUCAUAAACCUGGCACAAUGCGACGCCAGGUGCGACGCAAGUGUUUCAGGCCAACGCAGUAAUUAUUUUCACAUCCUGCGCCUUAUUAUUUAAAUAGCAAAUGCGCUCAUGUCCAUCUGUUCGCCCAUGGGCGUGCUGCUCUGAAAACGAGGUGUGUUCAGGUGCAUUGUUGGCGUGUAGCUAUUUUGAGGAAAGUGAAAACAACUGCGCCACUGACCAACUGAAACCUGCUCUAAAGUAUUUUUUUAUUUAAAAUGCGUGUUAGUAAUAUGCACCUAUAGGCGGCGGCAAAACGCACGUACAGUCUGCUUGUUACACACACAGGAGCAGCAGUGUAACAAUGUAAAAGUUUAUUAUUUUGUGCAUAAAGAUAAAAAUGCCUACAUGUCAUAAUGGAUAGUCAUUGCAUGAAUCAGAAUUACCUAUUUGCUGUAAUGACGAACUAAAUUGGCUAAUUAUUUGAAAUUGUCUAAUUAAAUUGGCUAAUAGAUUUGCCAUGUAAAUAGCAAAUCUGUCAUGGCAUGAGCGCAACUGGCUUUUAAAGGGAAUGGGAGAUGAGACUGGGAGAUUGGUUUAUUGCACAUUAUGCCCAAAACACACCCAUGACUCAUUAAGAGAAUAGGUACAAGCCUUUAAGUCCAUGUGCGCUGAGUGUGCCGACCAAUUUUUCUGUCGUUAAACUAGCAAAAGUGGAUUUGGACACGCCCUAAGUGCACCUGUGCCAUGAGCUUAGAGACAGUGGGCCCUAUUUUAAGAUGAAAUACAGCUUUAAUUUGAAAGUAAUUUUAAAAAUGUGAUCAUAAUUAUUGCAUAAAUAUUAAUUAGUACCAAGAAAUUCUCUCAAAAUACAACAGAAAAAAUAAAAUAAAAUAAAAUAAAAUAAAAUAAAUAAAUAAAU